GAAAAGUAUAAAUAUUAAACAAAAACAUGAUUACUAUUUAGUUUAAGGUUUUAUAGCUUUUAGUAUAAACUAAUUUUAUAUCAAUAAUAAUAAUUAUACUCAAAGUACUUAUAAACUUAAAUAAAACUCAUUAAAAUGUUCAGCAAAAGUCUAGCAUUUUAUUUAUGCCUAACUAUUGGUGUGACAAUACAUGUCAGCCUACAGGACACCCCCGAUAUGCCCCCUAUAGUAGCCGCUUGUUUUGACAAAAUCUACCCGCUCACCAUGCAAUGUGUUACCCAGGCUUACAUGGACUGGAAUAUGACAUACAAUUGGGAGGCACCGGUAUAUUACGAUCCUAAGGGACAACAGGCCUGUUGUUCCGGGUGGCAGGCCUUUGAUUGCUACGAAAGUGGACCAGUGAAAAAGUGUAAUUCAAGCGAACAGAUUGCUGUGAAAAAGUUUAUCGCCGAUACUGUUGACUAUGAAUGCAAACACGAUUGCAUUCAUUACACCUAUCACUCAAAACAGUGCGAUAAAUAGCUGGCUUAUUUUGUGACAAUUUUUUUAAUUGUUUUAAAAUAAACUUUUAGUCUCGUUAGAUUAGUUAUAAUUUUAAAAAUUAUUUUAUAUGUAAUUAAAUAACUGAAAUGCAUUUGAAUUGCCAUUAUUUAC